AUGCAGAACCCUCAACCUGACCAGACGCCUGUAGAGGCCGACACCGCCUCAGAGUCUGACGAUCUCCAUGAGGUAUCCUCUCUGGCUUCGUUGCGCUCGAGCAUCCUGGAGCACCAAGCGGAAAAUGGCCGGACUUACCACUCCAUGAGUGCUGGAAAGUACAGUUAUCCCAAUGACGAGCACGCUUGCUUCAACAUCAACAGGCUAACAUGGCGCAAAGAUUUGCAACACCGCAUCUGGAUAAUUUGCCUCGAAGGCGAGUUGGCAAUCUCGCCAGGCCACAAAACAGCCAAGCGUGUGCUGGACAUGGGUACCGGCACAGGUAUCUGGGCGAUUGACUAUGCGGACGAACAUCCGUCGGCCGAGGUCAUCGGCGUUGAUCUUAGCCCCAUUCAGCCUGAGUGGGCCCCCCCGAACUGUGUAUUCGAGCUGGACGAUUUGGAGAAGAGCUGGACUUGGAGCAAGCCCUUUGACUUCAUCUACUGUCGGGCCAUGGAGGGUUGCUUUUUGAACGGGCCAAAGAUGGUCAAAAAGAUCUACCAGGCCUUGACGCCGGGUGGUUACCUUGAGAUCGGAGGACUAGAGCUCCCGCUGGGCUGCGAUGACGAUAGCGUACCCAAGGACUCGUCCCUAUGGCAAUGGCACACGCUUCUUCAGGAGGCUGCCGAGAAGAUCGGGCGGCCCCUUGAGGGGCUGGGGAAGGAAACGGAGGCCAUGAAGGAAGCCGGCUUUGUCGACAUCACGCGCAAGGGCUUCGUCUGGCCACUGAACUCGUGGCCGGCGGACCCGCAUCUGAGGGAGCUUGGUGAUUGGCAUUUUGCCAAUCUCAACAUGGGAAUUGAGGGGCUUUCCAUGGGACUGCUCACUCGUGUCCUGGACUGGACGAGGGAGGAGGUUUUGGCGCUCUGUGCUGGUGUCCGGAGAGAUCUGCGGAACAGAAGAAUGCAUGCGUACUGGAAGGUCCACGUCGUCUACGCCCGGAAGCCAGAGGAGACGGAGGAGUCAGAGGAGUCGGAGGGUGAGGCCGCGGAAGAGGCUGCAAACUGA